UAUUCCAGAAUCAUAUACUACGUGUUAGUCUGAAAGCAGAGUCACUCCACUAUCUAUGGUCAGACCAUAGUUACUCCUGUUGCAAUAUGAAUUCGUCGCUCCUUCUGACACUGCUGCUCGGCUAUGUCGGCCUCAUACGCGCUCAGGGAGGGAUGACAGGCUAUGGUCCGCAGGUUAUCCAGGGUUACGCUCGUCGCGUUGGCUCCCAUCGGCUAACGGGCAGGGGCUUUACAUCCGGCGUUCAAAAUGACGGCUUUACAUCCGGCGUUCAAAAUGGCGGCUUCGCUUCCGGCGUUCAAAAUGGCGGCUUCGCUUCCGGCCUUCAAAAUGGCGGCUUCGCUUCCGGCCUUCAAAAUGGCGGCUUCGCUUCCGGCCUUCAAAAUGGCGGCUUCGCAUCCCGCUCUCAAAACGUCGGCUUCGCCGCUUCCUCGGCCCUGCGCGGCUCUGCGAUCGACAUCAACAACUUCGCCAACAUCGACGCGUCUGCGUUCGGCUUCCGUAACUUUGCGCCGGAGUACGUCUCAAUCGCCGACUUCGACUUCGGUGCCGCCCGCCAGGCGGCAGCAGCUUUCGCACCCGAAGAAGCAAUCAAUGCUGCUAGCCAGGAGCAAGUCGUCAUCGGGAGGCGGUUCCGCAGUGGGUCGGCACGGCAGACGGAGACGAGCAGCGCGUCGCGGGAGGGCAGCGGCAGCGGAGAGGCGGGAAUCGAGCUGUCGGCGGAGCGCACCGCCUCACAGGACGCGACGCAGCAGUUCAGUCAGACGGCGAGCGGUGACGGUAGUACGAAGCAGGGCGCCGGCUACGCGUUCGAGCGCGGCAACGACGGCAGCGUGCGCUUCCAACCGGUGCGACUCGAUUCUCUUCCCGUGCACUCCGGACCUCGCAGCCAGCUGCCUGUCGCUGCGAGAACCGGCGGCGGUCUGAAUCCGCUCGGUGCUCUGGGAGCGCGUGGCUUCGUCAGAAGACGAACAGGAGCGCGCACGACCGCUUAAAGAAGCACGUCCACAGAUCGCGUACAACCACGAUGCGCGCGCGAGAGAGAAAGAGAUAGAGAGAAGGAAGAG